AGAGAAGUGGAAGAAAAAGAGGUCUCGGAGACUCCGUCGCAAGCGCAGAAAGAUGCGGGCUCGUUCCAAGUAAUCGGUCGAACGGCCACUAGGCUUGCAAAAUAGGGAUGUCAUGCCACUUCAUGCGCUGUAUGCCAUGCUAUUCGGCGUCGCGAGGGUUUUAUCGUCUCAGUCGCGUCGUGCCGCGCGCCCUCAGGCCCGGGGAGCGUUGGUGUCUCGAUCAGGUUCCAGCGUCGAGACAGCUGUGGGGCAUUGUAUCAAUAACACAUGCAUGUCAUUGUAAUGCAAAAUCUACUC